CCAACUCUCAAUCACAUUAUCGGAUCACAUUAUCCCAUUCUGCGGCGGGCCUAUGCGACACACCCUUUUCGUAGUAUCCGCUUCCCUUGUUGAUGAGCCUCCUAAACGUCUGUUAUACGAAGCUGUUAUGCUUCGCCCCGAGCCGAAAAUCCCUUCAAUCGGCUUCGUCGCCUGAUACGCAAUACAUUAGCAUUCGCUUCGGGCUGAGGUGUCUCUGUCACGGCCGACGUUUAGCCCCGUCGUGCUAAGCUUGUUUGACAGGGAUUCGGCCAGAUUUGGUCAAGAGGCUCGGAGUCCAAUCGGCUCUGUCGCCUGAUGCGACUGAUACGCAUUACAGUAAUAUUCGCUUCGGGCUAAGGUGCACCUGUCACAGCCGACGGUUAGCUCCGUCGUGUUAAACCUUUAUGAAGCUCUUUUGGCCGGGAUUCGGUCGGAUUUGAUCGAGAGGCUCGGGGUACCUACAACGUGGUGCGGAAUCGCAAUCUGCAAUCGGAGUUUCAACUCGCGGAGCCUUACACUUGCUCAGUCUAAGGCGUAGUGUCGACAUCUCGGUCGGAUGUAGCAAUGAUCGGAUGUAGCAAUCUUCGGGCGUAGCAAACUUCCGGUGUAGCAAUAAUCAGAUUUAGCAAUCUUCGAAUGUAGCAAGUACCUGUAACGGAUGGCCUACCCGAGAUUAACCCGCGUGGAACGGAGACGGGUGGCGCUCCUUGUCGUUUUCCUCGUCCUUGCCGCCUGCACGUCUGCUUGGCGUUUCUCUUAUCAGAUCUGUUUCUUUUGUAGCUCGAAACCAGCUGCCAAUGUAGUCGCGAAGAGCGAAAGCGAAGCUGCCUCUAACGCGGACAGCACGGGUCCUGCUGGCUACAGAGAUUCAAGCAGCAGCCAGCAGCCAUGCGGGUAGCGGGAAUGGCGGCGACAAAGGCGGCGAGGAAGGGACCCGGAUACAGUCCGAUAAUUCAGGAAAGGCGGCCAAUGACGAUCCCUCCCUCCCUUCUCUAGCAGUGUGUCUGGUGGGGGGAGCGCGGGACUUAGACGCCACAGGGCCCACCAUCACACACCACCUGCUGCCGUCCCUGCUGCCCUUCGACCUCUUCAUCCACACACCGUUGGAUGAGAACGCCGCGAAGAUCUCAGCCCUUGCUCGCGCCCACGCCAUGCGCAGCGACCGUGCUACAGCCAACAGCAAUAGCAGCAGCAGCAACACACAUGGUCAGGGUGACAGUACCCCGAGUGACUAUAACGGGCAGCAAGUUGCCGCUGGGAAAAUGGCCGGUGCUAUAAAGGGAGUGAGAGUGUUCCCAGUAACGCCUGUAGACGCUUCCCUCUAUCCUGGCUCAAUCAUCCUCCUCCCCUGGGGCUCACCAAACGGUGUUCAGGGGAUACUACAGUACUUUAGGCUCGUCGAGGGCUGUCUGCCGCUAAUAGAACAUGAGGAAAAGACAAACCGCGCCGGCCAGCUGUACCGGUGGGUGCUGCGCACGCGGCUGGACGGGUAUUGGUCGGCGCCGGCUCCCCCGCUUUCGUCUUUUAUUGGUUGGGUGGAGACGGUGGGGGAGAAGGGGGAAGGAGGGAGAGCAGGAGGAGGAGGAGGAGAGGGAGGAGGAGUAGGGGCAGAGAGGAAAGAGGAGGAAAGCACAGGGAAGAAGGCGGUGUAUAUUGUCCCGUAUGGGUCGAAUUGGGGAGGAGUGAAUGACCGGUUUGGGUUUGGGAGGAGGGAGGAGAGCGUAGUUGCUGUAUCAAGGCUGGCGAUGCUGGGUGAAGUGAACCGUUACAGGCAGACGAUUGGAGUCACACGGCAGAUGAACUCUGAAGUGACCUUCAAGCUGCAGCUCAAGUCUUGGGGCAUUCAAGUGGAGCCAGCCAGCCUGCCCUUCUGUGUGCUCUCCCGCCGGGCCUUCCCAGACACCUGCAGCAGCAUCACUGUGUCUAUUAACGCGUCUGUGCCUCUAAACGGGGCUAAAUGCCAGCCCUGCCACCCGUGCGCCCAGGGAAAGGAGGUCGAAGCCAUUCUGAAAGCCACGUCACCAUCAGCCGAGACGUGGCUGGGCCCCGUCCAAUCAGGAGUCGCGUUCUGUCCGGGGGGGAAGGGGAAGGGGACGGGCGGGUCUGGCAGUGAGGGUUCGUGGCCGUUGGAUUGGGAGGAGAUCUACCGACGGACGGUGGGAGAUGAGCUCGCUGGCAGACAGAGGCGGAUCAGGAGGAGAGUGGCUGAGAUUGACACGUGCACACGGUUUUUAGAAAAGAUGAAGGGAGAAGUAUCCAACUGGGACGCCCCCUCUCCUCUCGCCCUCUGUGUGCGCUCCGCUCUCGGUACUCCCAGGCUGCUUGGCGGCCCGCAAGACUCCUUCCCUGCCUUCGCUCCAUUGCUCUCCCCCAAAAGUCUUAUAAUGGCUCUGGAGUAUGAUUCGCAGCCAGCACAAGCAGCAGCCGCCGCAGCAGCAGCAGGAGGAGGAGGAGAGGGGAGGAGCAAUAGGGCAGUCGUGGGGGGAUUCAUUGCGAGAGGCAAUGCUGGGAGUGAAGGUGUCAGCAGCAUCGUUUGCUGACCUGCAACUGGCUGCAGACCGGGGGAACAUUCUCCACGUGUUGAAGCUUACUGUUCACGGGACCACCCAGCCCCUCGAGCUGCUCAGCUCGCUCGCCUCCUUCUCCCUCCCUCCUCUCUGUCUCCUCCUCCUCAGAGCCCCCCCUUGCUCCCCUGAAAGCAUCAGGCGCAGGUCAGGGGGGAAACCAGAGACCUUUGCUGUGCCGCCCUGUGUGAAAGUGCUGAUUAGCUGGGCGGCUAAUAGCGGGUUACAGGCGGAGAGAUGUGAAGUGGAUCCGAACCUGAGGUGUACUUUUUACUCUCCCAAGCAUUGUGCUACAUUGUUCAGAAAAAAUGCGGGCUCCCUGUGAGUGUUUUUCGAAUGGUACAUAAGCCCUAUGAGUUCGUUGAGGAUGGUAUUUCAUUGUGAAGAUAGCACGACGUGAUAUGGGUUUGAUUUGAAGAUGCAUUUUCGGUUGUGACAGAGGUAUAUGUUUCAAGGUUGUAAAGAAGGUUGCAAACCAUAUG